AUGGAAGAUGUACUUUGUACCGGAAGUGGGUUGAACCAAGAAAUGACACUUUCAAGGCCCGGGGAUACACGUUGGAAUUCCCAUUACAAGACACUUUCCCGUUUAAUUUCUUUAUAUCCAAACAUUAUGGAAGUUCUUGGAUGGUUAGUAGAAAUGGGUCAAACUCUUCCUUGUAGUAGACAAGCGGACGGACUUCUAGAGGAUAUGAAAAAAUACGACUUUGUAUUUUACAUACACUUGAUGGAGCAUAUUCUAAACAUCACACAUACGUUGUCCCAAUGUCUUCAAAGAAAGGAGCAAGAUUUGAUGAAUGCGGUUAAAUUGGUUUCUUCCACCAAAAACCAACUUGAACAGUUUAGGUUGGAAGGUUUUAAUGAGUUCUUGGAGAAAGUUAACUCCUUUUGUGACAUGUAUGAACUUGAGGUGAAAAAAUUGGAUGAUGAAUACGUUAACCUAGGGUGGCCAAGAAGAAAGACGAACAUCACAAAUCGGCAUUAUUACGAGUAUGAUUGCUUCAAUGCGGUUCUUGAUUUGCAAGUACAAGAAUUUGGGAACCGUUUUAAUGAGGUAACAUCGGAACUACUUGUUUGA